AUGGGAGUCGAGAGAAAAGAUGAUCAAAGUCAGUCUUCACAUCACAGUCAAGAGAAUUCUGACGGCAACUCUGAGUAAGAGUAGGAACAGCUAAACUCUAGCCAGAAAAUAGUAGAAAUCUUGUCAGAGGCAGAGGAUGAAAACGGGGAUGCCAUGGAGGGAGACGUUGACAGUGAAAUGGAUGAGAUGAAUCAAUUUGAAGAAGAAGAGAAAUGCACUUCGAAACUAGGGAAUGAAUUUGAGACUGAAAAAGCAAAGGAUGCAUUAUAUUUUGAGCUUGGAGAUCAUGUUGAUUGUCUUGAUAGUGUGAAUAAGUGGUGCAACGCUGAGAUAGUUUCUAAAAAAGGGAAUCAGGUAAAGGUUCACUUCACUGGUUGGCCAUAUAAAUAUGAUGAAUGGAUUGAGCAGAGCUCACAUAGGCUGCUGAAGCAAUGGAGGAGAAGUGACCCAUUCUAACUAUACAACAGACUUGAUGUCAGAGAUGUUAAAGGAAAAUGGCUUGAAGCUAACAUUGUUAAUAUCGUUCAAAAUGACUACAUCAAAGUUCACUUCAAAGGAUGGGCAUCUAAGUGGGAUGAGAUUAUCAGCAUUGAACCCUAAGAAAUCUAAAAUUUAAUAGAUGUCAAAUUUGCUGAGAUUGGUAAGUAUUCUGAUGGGUAUGGAGGGGCUAAAUUCGAGAAACUGAUGAAAAAAUAAGAUGCAAAUUUGGAUGAAUUUAAAAACGACAAUUUUAUAAAUACUGAUACGGAUAAGCAAAAAGAGCAAGAGGCUAUGCAGUAGAAAAUGAGGGAAAUAAAGGAAAAGGAAAAUAAUUUUAGAAGGAUUUUAGCAAUGAAAAACCUUAAAAUUAUAGAGAUGGAGGGCGAUGGCAAUUGUCUAUUCAGAGCAAUAUCAGACUAAAUCUAUGAUGGCGAUUAGUCUCAUCACAUGCUGAUCAGACAGGCAUGCAUGGACUACAUUCAACUUGAAAAGGAAUUCUUCGUUCAGUUCAUCAUAGGUGGAGCGCAGACCUUCGACUACUAUAUUCACAAAAAACGAUAGGACGGAGUAUGGGGUGAUGAUAUUGAGCUCUAAGCAAUGAGUGAGAUUUAUAAUCGUCCAAUUGAGAUUUAUGCUUACAGAUCUGAACCGCUUAGAACUUUUCACGAAGACUAGCAUCGAGACAAAGGAAUCAAGCCAAUGAGGUUAAGUUAUCAUGGGUCAGAGCAUUACAAUUCCAUUAGAGAAAUCAACUAAAUAGUCAGACCUAGAAACUAAAGACUCAUUGAUAUGGAAGAGGAGAAAAAUGAUGGGUCCUCACACAGUUCUUCUAAAGCACCAGGAUUCUUAGAAGAUUAGGCAAUUAGAUUAAGCAGAUUUCGGAAGAUGGGCUAGACUGAAAACUUAAACAGAUAGUUUAAGCAAAUCAAUACCAAUUAGACUAAUUCAGAAAAUACUUAGGAGUUGAUUAUGAGAUCUAGAUAGGAAUUUGAGUUGAGAGGUAAAAGAGAUAUGGAAGUGGCUUUGGUUGAAUCAUUGCAAAUUUAUGAGAAAGAAAUUAAAGAGCAAGAGGAAUAGCUACUGAGCAAUUCUAACAAUCAAUAUGAAGAGGAGUAGCUAGUGUAAAUCGCUUUAAAGGAGUCAAUCAAAGAUGAUGAUAAUAGAUUCUUGAUAUAAAACUAGCAAUUGCUUGAUAAUUUUGAGGAUAAUCAGCAGUCUGAAAAUGAGGAAGAAAUGCUUUUAAAGGCUUUGGCAAUGAGUACUGCUGAUAAUAAUAAUAAUAAUAAUUCAAUCCAAGAUUAGAUUAUUCAGUAGUAGGAACCUGUAGACUAAGACUCUAAAUAUGAAGAGAUAAUUUAGAUAGCUCUGGAGUAUGGGUUUGACGCUGAAUAAGCAGUCUAGGCAAUUUCAAUAAUGGGCACUAGCAAUCCUGAUAUGGUAAUCAAUUUCUUGCUUUCACAGAGCCACUUUUGA